UUUUCUUUUUGUUUAAGUAAAAAACCCCCAACAACAUUAAUAAUUAGAUAAGAAAGAAGAUAGAAAGGGAAGGCAAAGCUGAACUUUUGCUAUACAUAAGAUUUGGAGGACAAUCAGAGAGCAGAGAGUUGAGGUGAAAAAGCUAUGAAGUUCUUAUUCCAGUGCCCCUGCUGCUCUUGUUUCUGCUUCAUGAAGCCCAAGAAAGGCAAGGCAAGGGUGAAGGCAGCAGCAACUGUAGCAUCCAAGGAUGAGAAGAAGGUUGAAACCAAGGAAGAGAAGAAGGUUGAAUCCAAGGAAGAGAAGAAAGAAUGACAACAAUGCAGCUACCUACAUCUGAUAGUGCAUGCAUAAGUGAAAGCAUAUGUGCUUUGUUUAUGCUUUUCUUUCUUUCUUCUUGUUGAUUAAUAUUGGUGGGUGCUAUAAUUAGUAUGUACAACAAAUUGUACUUACAGUUUGAUCCAGCAGCUUGGUAUGUUAAUAAACUACUGGCUUGUGUUGUGUGUCCUACUUUUCAAAAUCCUACACAUAAAUAAUCAAGUGUCAUCUGAUCUUUAACCUAAGUUUCACAUAAUGUAAGUGAGUUUUCCCAUUCUCAUAUAGAUCUAAUUGUUUUUUUUUUCUGAGAA